CUUGGCCAUUAUUACAAUGAUGACAAUAUUAUACUAAUUAUCAUGGUUCAGUGGAGCCAACCUUUGAAAAGAACGACAACAAAUUCCGUUGAUUAAGCCACACCUUUGAAAGUGAAAUCCUUUUCUACUCAUUGAACACAUAAACGCACAUGAUGUUUCAUAUAAUAAGAUUCCCAAUUUCGUUCUUUUCCUCACUGACUGUCAUGCACCUUCACAAGUUUGUAAUAUUUUAAUUAGUAUUACAAUGAUAUCUUAGAAAUAAUUGUAUUGUUUAUAGGAGCCAACUUUGAAAAGUUACACGACAACUGUAUUAUUUUAAUUAAGAGAUAUCCUUAGAAACAUAAAAUUUAGUAUAGCCAUCUUCCUAGAGCAAAGUCAUCUCCAUUCAAAACUCUGAUUCAUUUCUUCUCAUACAUACCCGCAAAUGGCUGAUGUUUUACUUGGAACCGUGAUUGAAAACCUCGGAUCUUUUUUUCGAGAGGAGCUUGCAUCCUUUUUGGGUGUAGGAGAAUUGACCCAGAAGCUAUGUGGAAAUCUCACUGCAAUUCGUGCUAUACUCAAAGACGCUGAAGUGAAGCAAAUUACAAGCCAUGCUGUAAAAGAUUGGCUGCAGAAGCUGGCUGAUGCUGCUCAUGUUCUUGAUGAUAUAUUGGACGAAUGUUCAAUAACAUCAAAACCCUGUGGAGACAACAAGUGGAUCACCCGUUUCCAUCCUAAGAAGAUUUUGGCUCGGCGUGACAUUGGAAAGAGGAUGAAAGAGGUUGCUAAAAAGAUUGAUGUUAUUGCUGAAGAAAGGAUCAAGUUUGGAUUACAAGUGGGAGUCAUAGAGGAGCGUCAGCGAGGAGAUGAUGAAUGGCGCCAAACUACUUCUGUCAUCACUGAAGUUGUGGUAUAUGGAAGAGACAAAGAUAAAGAGAAGAUUGUCGAGUUUCUUCUGAGGCAUGCUAGUGACAGUGAAGAACUCUCUAUCUAUCCCAUUGUUGGCCACAGUGGAUAUGGAAAAACAACACUUGCUCAAUUGGUCUAUAACGAUGAAAGUGUAAGCACCCAUUUUGACUUGAAAAUAUGGGUUUGUGUUUCAGAUGAUUUCAGCAUGAUUAAAAUCCUACACUCCAUCAUAGAAUCUGCCACAGGACAAAAUCCUAAUCUCUCUUCUCUAGAAUCCAUGCAAAAAAAGGUUCAAGAAGUUUUGCAAAGCAAAAGGUAUUUACUUGUAUUAGAUGAUGUUUGGAAUGAAGACCAUGGUAAAUGGUACAAGUUCAAGUUUUUGUUGCAGUCUGCAAUUACAAGGAAAGGUUCAUCAAUUUUAGUCACUACAAGACUUGAAAUUGUUGCAUCUAUCAUGGGAACUCAACCCCGUCAUCUUUUAGUAGGUUUAUCUGAUGAUGACAUUUGGCCUUUGUUCAAACACUGUACUUUUGGACCAAAUGGAGAAGAGCAUGCAGAGCUUGCCACAAUAGGCAAGGAGAUAGUGAGAAAAUGUGUGGGUUCACCUCUUGCAGCAAAAGUAUUAGGAAGCCUUUUACGAUUUAAACGUGAGAAACAUCAAUGGCUUUCUAUAAAGGAAAGCAAGUUUUGGAAUUUAUCUGAGGAUAAUCCAAUCAUGUCUGCUUUGAGGCUGAGCUACUAUAAUUUGAAAUUGCCAUUGAGGCCUUGUUUUUCUUUUUGUGCUGUUUUUCCCAAAGAUUUUGAGAUACAUAAGGAAUGCCUCAUUCAUCUUUGGAUGGCUAAUGGACUUCUUACAUCUAGAGGAAAUUUACAGAUGGAGCUUCUUGGUAAUGAGGUAUGGAAUGAAUUAUAUCAAAGAUCAUUUUUUCAAGAAGUUAAAUCUGAUAUAGUAGGGAACAUUACAUUUAAAAUGCAUGAUUUGGUUCAUGAUUUAGCUCAGUCCAUUAUGGGAGAAGAAUGUGUGGCUUCUGAGGUUUCAAGCUUGGCCGAUUUGUCAAUUAGAGUUCACCAUAUAAGUUUCAUAGACAGUAAAGAAAAGCUUGACUACAAAAUGAUUCCCUUCAAUAAAAUUGAAUCCUUGCGAACCUUUCUUGAGUUUAGACCAUCCACCAAAAAAUUAGAUGUGUUGCCACCGAUCAAUCUUCUCCGAGCUUUACGUACAAGUUCUUUUGGACUGUCAGCUUUGAGGAAUUUAAUGCAUUUGAGGUACCUAGAACUUUGCCAUAGUAGGAUCACAACCUUGCCUGGGUCUGUUUGUAGACUGCAGAAGUUGCAAACACUAAAACUUAAAGACUGCCCUUAUUUUUCUCAUUUCCCCAAACAAUUGACGCAAUUGCAAGAACUUAGACAUAUCGUGAUUGAAAAUUGUUUUUCAUUAGUAUCAACUCCCUUUAGAAUUGGGGAGUUAACUUGUCUGAAAACAUUGACCGUUUUCAUUGUUGGAUCAAAAACUGGGUUUGGUUUAGCAGAGUUACACAACUUACAAUUAGGAGGCAUGCUUCACAUCAGAGGCCUUGAGAAUGUGUCCAACGACGGGGAUGCUAGAGAAGCUAAUUUGAUUGGCAAUAAGGACUUAAAUCGCUUAUAUCUUUCGUGGGGUGAUUAUACUAAUUCACAAGUUAGGGACGUUGAUGUUGCGCGAGUACUAGAAGCUCUUGAGCCCCAUUCAGGUCUCAAGAGUUUUGGUGUAAACGGUUAUAGGGGAACACAUUUUCCUCGUUGGAUGAGCAAUACUUCUAUUCUAAAAGGCUUAGUUCAUAUUAUUCUCUAUGGCUGUGAAACCUGCAGGAAGCUUCCCCCAUUUGGUAAAUUACCAUGUUUAACUAACCUUGUUAUAGUUGGAAUGAGAGAUAUAAAGUACAUUGAUGAUGACAUGUAUGACCCUGCAACUGAGAAGGCUUUUGCGUCAUUGAAAAAAUUGACUUUGUGUAGCUUACCAAAUUUAGAGAGGGUGUUGGAAGUUGAUGGAGUAGAGAUGUUACACCAACUUUUAGACUUAGAUCUAACAGAUGUCCCUAAACUCACAUUGCCGUCCCUUCCAUCUAUUGAGUCACUUUCUGCUCGUGGAGGAAAUGAAGAGUUAUUGAAGUCCAUUUUUUACAACAAUUGCAGUGAUGAUGUAGCUUCCUCUUUGGGGGGAAUUGCUUGUAAUAAUAGGUAUAAUCUUAAGUUCCUUUUCAUAGCGUACUUUGCAAAACUCAAGGAAUUACCUGUUGAACUCAGUACUCUUAGUGCUUUAGAAUCUAUUUACAUUUAUUAUUGUGAUGAAAUGGAUUCAUUGUCGGAGCACUUGUUGAAAGGGUUAAGUUCUCUCCGAAUUUUGGUCGUUAGUAAAUGCCCUAAAUUUAAAUCCUUGUCCGACAGUAUGAGACACCUAACUUGUCUUGAGAUACUUAAAAUCACCAACAGUCCACAGUUCGUUUUUCCGCAUAACAUGAACAGUCUAACUUCCCUUCGUCAAUUGGUAGUUUGGGGGUGUAAUGAAAACAUACUAGACAACAUAGAAGGUAUCCCCUCACUGAAAAGGUUGUCUCUGGACAAUUUUCCUUCCCUAACAUCCUUGCCGGACUGGUUGGGUGCCAUGACUUCUCUUCAAGUAUUACAAAUCUCUAGGUUUCCGAUGUUAAGGUCGCUACCAGACAGCAUUCAGCAACUCCAAAACUUACAAAAGUUAAGUAUUCUUCGUAGCUCUAUGUUGUUGAGAAAGCGAUGCAAGAGAGGAGUAGGUGAAGAUUGGCAUAAGAUAGCUCACAUUCCGGCAUUGAUAUUGGAAUCUGAUGCAAAAACAUCAUUUUGUGAGAAUAUCAUAUCAGCAUGCAAUACAGGGAAGCAAAUUUGGUACCGUCUUCAACACGGUUACACGACCACGGGUGAAUUUGACCGGUUGAUUGAAGAGCUCUAAGUGAAGAACAUACAGAUGUGUAAAAAACGCAACAACGGUGAUCAACUCUCAAUAACCGACAUGUAUUUAAAUUUUACAGUAUUUAAUUGUAUCUUUAUUUAUUUAUCAUAAUCAUUAAUCCCUUCUUAUUAAAGGAAAGACUUCUCUGUUUAGUUGAAAAUGUUUCUUGAGCACUGUUUGGACAAAUUUGGUUCAGUUUCUUGAGCACUACAUUCUUGUGAUUGCAGGUAUCUGUUUUCUUUUUUUUGUUUCUUUCAUGCUCAUUUUCUUAACAAAAGUCUGAAUUUAUCUCAGAAUAA